GUUCAACCUACGAAAUGUAAGUGGGUUUUUUUCGUACAUUUUUCUUGGUCAACGAAUUACAGUUGGAUGGCUUGGUUGGAAGCCACUCAAGUGUAGGACAAUUAGAACAGUUCAAACCUUUUGAUUGACGGAAGCGGGCUAAAACGUUUUUUGUCGAUGGGCCAAAAUGAAAAGAUUCGGGUCGUUUACAUAAAAGCAGCACUCACGUGCGCGUCUCUACAAGAAUGCGAAGAACCGUUGGUGAGAGACUGGUGCUAAGUUCGCGCGCUCAGCAUUCAACUGGAAUGACGUCACAAAGGGAACCAUGCGCGCGCCCAGAUAAACACCAAACUAGUCACCACAGUGUCGAGUAAAUAACGCCCAAAUUCAAUCAACUUUUAAAAUUUGGAGGUAACAGGAAUGAGUUUGAAACAAUGGAUGUGAAAGUAGAUGACAGCUUCACUUUCUACGAUGACAAGUACUCGAAAGCCAUACUGCACCGAAUUAACCAGCUUCGGCAUCAUGGUGCCAUGUGUGAUGUGGUUAUUAAGGCAGAAGAUACAGAGUUUCUCGCUCACAGGAACAUACUGUCUGCCAGUUCAGAUUACUUUUUCGCAAUGUUCAAUGGGAACAUGAAAGAAAGCAGUCAGGAUGUCGUUACGAUAACGGGCGUUACCCCAGAUAGUAUGAGAUCAAUUCUUAAUUUCAUCUAUACCGGCGAAAUUGUACUUGACUGGGAUAACGUGGAAUUAAUAUUGCAAGGCGCUAAUCUGAUGCUUGUGCAAUCUGUCAAAGACGCUUGUUGUAGGUUUUUAGAAAGCCGGCUAAACGUAUCAAACUGCCUAGGAAUUCAGUCAUUCUCUGAAACGUACGCCUGCCACGAGCUUUGGCAUAUAGCGAGCCGCUAUGUUUACCAGAACUUCGUCCAUGUAUCAGAAAGCGACGAGUUUCUUGCAAUGUCACCAAAGAACGUCGCCAUCUUGUUUUCCAGUGACGAAAUUAGCGUGGAAAACGAGGAAAAAGUUUACGAAGCCUUGGUGCGGUGGGUAAACCACGAUUUAUCACAAAGACGAGACUUGUUCCCGGAGCUCUUAGAGCUUAUCAGGCUCCCGCUUGUAUCGCCAUACUAUUUAGUAGACGUCGUCGAAAAAGAAGAACUGAUGACGGUGUCACCUCGUUGUGUAGAACUCCUACUGGAAGCACAGCAUUUUCACAUGCUCCCGGACCGUCGAUCUUCAUUAGAUAACGCCCGGACCAAGCCCCGGAACUAUGAGCGCUUUCACGAAAUGUUGAUAGCCAUCGGCGGCAACGGGGAUUUUACUAACUUCACCACAGCAUACGCUUUCAACGUCAUCACUAGCCAGUGGAGUGACCUUCCUAAACUUCCCAAAGAUCGUGGUUACCAUGGCGUGACAGGUCUGGGGGGACAAUUGUAUGUCGCUGGGGGGUACUCUACUGUCAACUCGGAAACGCUGGAUUCAGUUAUACGUUACGACGUUCGGGAGAAACAAUGGCACCCAGUCCCUUCAAUGAACACGAGGCGAAGUAAACACGGGAUGGUGGAAGUGGACGGGAGCAUCUACGUCAUCGGGGGGUUCGACGGGACGACCACAGUCAACACAGUCGAGAGUUACAGCGUGCAGACUAAUAGAUGGAAAGUUCGUGCGCCAAUGCCGACGAGGCGAAGAUGUGUGUGCGCAGUUGCUCAUGGGAAAUUUAUCUACGUCAUUGGCGGCCAUGAUGGAUCUAGCAUCCUCAACACUGUCGAGAGAUACGACACCACGAGGGAUGUCUGGAGCUCGACAGACGUCCAGCCAAUGAGAGACCGUCGCUCCUUCCCUUGCGCGGUGGUCUGUGAUGACAGCAUGUACGUCAUGGGUGGUUACGAUGGUAACGACACGUUGCGCUCCGUGGAAAUGUAUAACUUCUCGUCCAAUCAGUGGACUCCGUUGCCGUCCAUGUUUGUGCCUCGAUCCAAUGCGGGCGCCGCGGUGUUUAACAAGAAGAUUUACUUAGUGGCCGGGUGGGAUGGGAUAAGCCUCAAUUCCGUGGAGAAUUUCGACAUAACGACCCAAGAAUGGCAGAGACUUCCAUCUCUCCCCAGGCCCACGACCGGGGUUCGAUGCUGUUUCCUUAGUUUCCAGUCCUCUAACGAGCAGAAGCCAAAGAGCAAAAACAAUAAGGGACAUCUGUGUAUCGUGUGCUAACGAUAUGCCACGAUUAUAGCGGUGCGGUUAGCGCGUUUUCGUUUGUUUUGUACUGUCGAGUUGUCUUUUAUCUGUUGGUGUUACUGUAACGUGUGGGAGAGGGUGUGAUUUUGUUGUUUUCUUGUUGUGAUUUAUAAUAUCAAAAGGUGUUUCUGGAUAUUUAAUAUUUUAAUUUCAAAUCAUACCAAGAGGUUGUUUUAACAACUUGCUGAGUGUAUGUUUCUAUUUCAUGAAUAAAACAAAAUAUACGAAA